GCACCUAUAGGCAGCACUGAUGGGCACUGAUAAGCAGCACUGAUGGGCACUGAUAGUCUCCAAGCUGCGGCCCUGGGGCCGGUUGUGACACUUUGCUCAUGGGGCCCCCGGGCAAUAAGGGAUCAUGGGGCCCCUGUGUCCUUGACCAAACUCAAAAAAGCCUAUGAAAAAGAUACAAGGGGCAUCUCAUGGGGCCCCCUAUUGACACCGGGCCCUCGGGCAGUGCCCGAGUUUCCAAAUGGUCAGUCUGCCCCU